AAUGACUUUAAGAAAUUGACGUAUCGUAUCGGUGAUACAAGUGUCAUAUUUUAUUAUUAAACAACACGUCUGUAGUGGAAAAUCAUUAAUCAUAAUGUCUUCAGAAACAACCCAAGUUAGCUCCUUACCAUUGCCUCCUUUGCAAUAUAUAAAUUUCUAUACUGACGAAAAUGUACGAAGAAACAGAGCACCUUUGGCACCAAGACCGAUUCAUGACUCCUACCAAAUGUUUGGUCACACGUUUAAUGCAGAUGAUACAAUUAUUAGAUCCCUAGAAAGCCAGGGUUUUCGACGCCUUUAUCCAAUGCAUUUUGAAAGAAGACGAGAGUUAAAAAAACUGAACCACUCGUUGUUGGCAAAUUUCUUGGACCUGUUAGACUUGCUGGUUCACUGUCCUGACUCACCUAAAAGAGCAGAAAAAGUAGAAGAUCUUAGUUUAUUAUUUAUACACAUACAUCAUUUGUUAAACGAAUUCAGACCACAUCAGGCGAGAGAAACAUUGAGGGUAAUGAUGGAAUUGCAAAAGCGUCAAAGAGUAGAAACAGCAAUGAGAUUUCAAAAGCAUUUGGAUAAAGUUCAAGAUAUUUUACAAAACGCCCUUCAGAGUUUGCCAGAUCAAAAUGAUAUUGAAUCUAACUUUAAAGUACCCACAGAGAUCUUAGAACAUAUGGAUUGUAGUCAAAGUGAUAAUGGCAAUCAAGACCCUUGUAAUGAGUUGGAUAGAAUUAUGUGUAAUGUAGUUGAUAAUAUGAGAUAAAAUGUUCAUUAAGUACUAAAGUAAUUAAUGUAUUAUUACCUACUUUGUAUCAUGUCAUGAAAUAUAAAAUUAUAUUUUAUAAUAAAA